UCUUCUUUCGAGGUGUCGGCUCUCUAAAACAUCAUAAAGAGACCACUUCCUCUCUAUAUAUACAUACACAAAACACGCCGUCACGAACCCCAUCAUCAGAAACCCUAAUUACUCAGAUGGCGUUAGAGACUCAAUCGGCGGCGGUGAGAUUUACCGGGAAGGUGAAUUGGUUCAGCGAUUCCAAGGGAUACGGUUUCAUCACCCCCGACGAUGACAGCGAGGAGCUUUUCGUCCACCAGUCCUCCAUCGUCUCCGAAGGCUACAGGAGCCUAGCCGUCGACGAUCUGGUCGAGUUCGAGAUCGCUCAGGGAACCGACGGCAAGACCAAAGCCGUCGAGGUCACCGCUCCCGGCGGAGCUCCUCUCAAAAAGAAGGAGACCAGCUCUCGCGGGAGAACCGGUGGUCGCGGCGGCGGUUGUUACAACUGCGGCAAGGCUGGUCAUGUCGCCAAGGAUUGCAGCGGCGAGCGAGGGGAGUGUUACACUUGUGGUGAUACUGGUCACUUGGCUAGGGAUUGCCUUCAGAAACCAAGCGGCGGCGGUGAACGUGGAGGACGUGGAGAUGGGUGCUACACUUGCGGUGACACUGGUCACAUGGCUAGGGAUUGUGUUAAGAAGUCUGGUGGUGAGCGUGUAAGCAGCGGCGCCGUUGGAACUUGCUAUACGUGUGGCGGAACUGGUCACAUGGCUAGAGAUUGUCCGAGCAAGAGACAGUCUGGUGGUGGUUGUUACGAGUGUGGUGGUGCUGGUCACAUUGCUCGUGAUUGUGACAGGAGAGGAAGUGGUGGAGGAGGAGGAGGUAGAAGCUCUGGUGGUUGUUAUGAGUGCGGUGGUGCUGGUCAUAUGGCUCGUGAUUGUGACAGGAGAGGAAGCGGUGGUGGCGGUAGGAGGGCUGGUGGAGGUGGUAGCGAGUGCUACAAGUGCGGUGAAAGUGGUCACUUUGCAAGGGAGUGUUCUGUUGCUUGAUUACUUCCUAUUCAACAAACAAUAAGAUGAAUAUGAAUUUGAGUAUAUUUACUCUUCGUUUUCGUUUUAUAUCUUUUGCUGAUGGGAAUGAUGAAUUCGCCUGGUCCUUUUUUGUGUUUUCUUUUUGAGUUUUUAAGUACUACCAUUAUUAUACAAUCCUAGCUAGAUUUGGUUUCUGAUAUGGAUGUUGUCCUUUUUGAUCUUUAUUUGCUUAUGUCACUUUUGAGUUUCGUGUUUUGUCCUUUUUGUUUCAGUUUAUUGCUUUCUUUGUACGGGAUGAACUGAAAGUGAAACCCAAGUUUGGUUGGUCGCC